AUGUCAGAAGAAUUGGGCCAAAGUCCAGCGGUUGGUGACAGACUUCCAGCUCGGUCAAGAUCAGGCAGUGAAAGGCCCAACUACCACAUUGAUACCGAAGAUUUAGAUAUACGGGAUGACGACGAUGAUGCUGAUGAUUACCACGAAGAAGAUGAUAUCGAAGACGAGGAAGAAAAUGAAACAAAUGUAGUAGUGCAUACAGAAGGUCAAAUACCACCAGUUGCGAGGAGAGGAAGGCCGAGCAAGAGGAAGAGCCGAGAAGCCUCUCAGGACGAUAAUCGAUCUGAGACUGAGGCAUCACGCAGUGGUUCGACGGCUCCUGGCUUCUUGAACAUCAAGAGGCCGCGUCUUUCUUACCCAGUGGAUGAAUCAGGGAUGCCGCUUCCUGUUAUCAAUGAAGAAUAUGACCUUCCCGAUGAUCCCGAGGGUGAGACUAAGAUAAACCGAGACGGAAAUCUUUUAGGUGGCAGACAAUUCUUGGUACGUUCCUUCACGCUAUCUGACAAAGGUAAGCGUAGAUAUAUGCUGUCAACGGAGCCUGCAAGAGCUGUAGGAUUUAGGGAUUCGUACCUUUUCUUUCAGUACCAUCCCAACCUUUACAAGUUUAUCCUAUCGCAAGAACAGAAGAAUGAUUUAAUCGACCGCGGUGUUUUACCGUACUCCUAUCGCAGCAGACAAAUUGCGCUGGUCACUGCCAGAAGUGUGUUCAAGGAAUUUGGAGCCAAGAUUAUAGUUGGUGGUAAGAAUAUUACUGACGACUACUAUGCCACAAGAUUGCGUCAGGAAGGCCGAGUUGUUGAAGGAACAUAUGCUCGAGAACCAAUGAGAAAGGGAAACCUUCGCGGUUUCGAUGGAUUUGAUUAUGCAGAAAGUUCCGUGAAUCCAGCCAAGAAUGCAGUCGAGUUUUUCGAUAAGCGGCAUCAAAAUCAUCACAACGGGGGUGCAUCGACAGCGGGUGCGAACAAAAUAAAUGCGACGAACUGGCUCUAUCAGCAUGCGGCGGCUUGUAGUAGGUUCAACAGCGACAUGUAUUAUGACAGGGUCCGAAUCCUGCUGAUAGAACGUCAAGGUCUAAGGGACCCCUACACUAACACUUUACACUUACCACAGUCCACACAAGCUUCCAAGAUUUUAAAGACCUGUAGAAAACCGUUGACGACAGAGGAAAGACGCGAAGAAUGUUCGGUCGUCUACGAAACAAAGAUUAGCGAUGCUGAUUUGACAAGAAACAAAACUGGUCUAUCAGAAAUCCCAUUAGAAAUAUUCGACGGCACUGUCAGCGAAGAAGUGCUGGCAGCUAUUCUAGAACAGCAGAAGUUUGAAAGAGGCCUGUGA